GCGAGGAACCGACUGGGAUGGACAGCAACGAGGGCGUGUACGAAGCGGAGCGGGCGAGUUUGGUCGUGCUAGGACUGGCCACAGCGGCACCGGAGCAGCGGCACCGGAGCAACGGCACCGGAGCAGCCGAACCGGAACAGGCGGACGGCAUCGAACCGUGGUGUACGGACAACCAUCUUUUGUGUUGCUAAUUUUUUUUCCGUU